UUGCAUUGUGGCACAGUUAAGCUACAACUGCAGGGAUUAAAUAGAAGCACAUGAUGAUUCAACCCCGUGAUUUCUCACUGAGUCGGCUGAUGCACCCAAUCAUUUCCUCUACUUUCCUUGUCUUUUCUGCUUUCUCCUGACAGCGGGGCCCACUUCUCUGUUCCUCUCUCCCCGGAGCGCCAUGGCCUCCCCUCGGCUGGAGACGUUCUGCUGUACGAACCGGGACGCGGUCACAGACUUCGUGGUCUCCUUCCAGCCCGAUUUGUUCGCUGCUCUGGGUCUGGCCAGCGCGACCCUCAGUCUCUUGUUUGCCGUUUUACAAAUUCUGCCCAAACGCAAAGGAUACAGAAGACUCGGGCAGUAUCCGCUGCCGAGACCCGCAUCCUCCUCCCGGAUAGUGUUCAUCAUCAGUAUAUGUGACAUACUGGGAUGCAUAGGUAUCAUUGUGCGGUCAUCUGUCUGGCUGGGCCUGCCGAACAUCAUUGAGCGUAUCUCAGUGGCCAACAGCACCGAGGUCUGGCCAGAGGUCUUCUGUGUCGGCAGCGCAAUGUGGAUCCAGUUGUUUUUUAGCGCUUCUUUCUGGUGGACCUUUUGUUAUGCUGUCGAUGUCUUCCUGGUGGUGAAAACUUCUGCAGGAAUCAGCACCAUUAUCCUCUACCACAUGAUUACAUGGGGUCUGGCCGUGCUGCUGUGUGUGGAAGGAGUGGCCAUGCUCUACUAUCCAUCCAUCUCUGAUUGUGAGCAAGGCCUCCAGCAUGCUAUCCCUCACUAUGUCACCACAUACGCACCAAUGCUGCUGGUCCUCGUGGCCAAUCCUAUCUUCUUUAAUCGGACCAUAUCUGCCGUGACAUCUUUGCUAAAAGGACGACAAGGAAUCUACACAGAAAAUGAGAGACGGCUGGCCAAUGAGAUAAAGAUACGCUUCUUUAAAAUUAUGCUGGUGUUCUUCAUCUGCUGGGUUCCCAACAUCAUCAACGAGAGCCUCCUCUUCUACCUGGAGAUGCAGACAGACAUCAAUGACAACGGCUUCAGGAAUAUCAGAAACGCAGCCCUCAUCACAUGGUUUAUAAUGGGUAUCCUAAACCCUAUGCAAGCGUUCCUCAACACCCUGGCCUUUCACGGCUGGACGGGCUUCGAUGUUGACUUCAGACUGCAGCAGAGGAGGAAGCUGGCCUGGGACUCCGCUUCUACUUCAGUGCCGAACACAGCGGCGCACAAUCCCACGGUGGGCACCACUCUGCUCUACCAGAGCCAUGUCCAGGAAGCCAAGAAGAACAUGAUGAGCAACGGACAGCACUCUGACGCCAUCAGCGUGCUCUCAGAAGGUUCAGAGUCUAGUACAGUUGAAUUCCACAUUUCCAGCGAGCUACGAGAGUAUGACGAUGUAGACGCUGACGGAGAAUCCUUGGAGAACUCUGUGAGGCACUAGCUGAACAACCCGCCUCCCUCCACUACUCCUGUGGGACAUGUUUAUUUAAGUUACUGUUGUUUUAGGAUUUAUUCUCUUAGCCUAUUUUCUCCCAUUGAGAUUUCCUCCAGAUAUUAACUGGUCAUGAGAUUUCAUUAGUUGGUAAAACAGAAAAAGUCUAAUUCUUGAUUCUAAGCCUUUCAUUCCUUCCUAAGCUUUUUUCAAUCUGUUUGUACAGUGUAGUACUGUAGCUGAACAGUACAAAUACAAUAUGUCACUGUCUCUUUAGCAGCCAGUCAAUGGAACAAACACGACAUUUAAAUAUUACAAGCCAACAGGCUGACCUUUCAAAGUGCCUUCAGAAAAUAAUUAUCCUGGGUGAUUUACUACAUUAAUGUUUGUCAAUUAUUGUCAUUAACCUCUCAAAGCAUGACAGAAUGUAAUAAGCUAACUAGUGUGUUUUUUAAACAAUUACUGUAUUUACAGUUGUCUAU